GCUACAAAUCCCAGAAGGUGGGAGAUGGGUGGAACAGAAGCAACAUCUGCUCUGGGUAUUCUCUCCGAAAAGAUGAAGCUCCUCCUCUUGUUCCUGCUGGCCUUUCUCCUAUCUCAUGAGACUGGAGCUGAUGAGAUCAUUGGUGGUAAAGAAUCAAAGCCAUAUUCCCACCCUUACAUGGCAUUUCUGGAAAUCAAAAAUCAUGGUACCCAAUACUACUGUGGUGGGUUCCUGAUUCAGAGGGACUUUGUGAUGACAGCAGCCCAUUGUGCAGGAAGGUUCAUCACAGUCACCCUUGGAACACAUAACAUCAGCAAGACAGAGGCCACUUCACAGACCUUUAAUGUCAAGCAACAAUUUCCUCACCCGGAUUACAAUCCCCAGAUAUUUGCCAAUGACAUCAUGCUACUAAAGCUGGAAGAGAAAGCCAAACUGACUGUGGCAGUGGGGACUCUCCCCCUGCCCUCAAUAUCCAGUUCUACCUCACCUGGGGAAAUAUGUCAAACAACUGGCUGGGGAAAGAUAGGAGUAAAUGAUCCAGGAUCAGACAUUUUACAGGAGGUGAAACUGAGACUAAUGGAUCCCAUUAACUGCAAAGUGUAUCAUUUUUUUAAUGAGAAACACCAGUUGUGUGUGGGGAACCCCAAGUCAAUUAAAGCAGCAUACAGGGGAGAUUCUGGAGGACCCCUCAUUUGUUCUGGUGUAGCGCAAGGAAUUGUCUCCUAUGGACGAAGAGAUGCAAGACCUCCUUCAGUCUUCACUAAAAUUGCCUAUUACCUACCCUGGAUCAAUCAAAUCCUAAAAUCAAAUUAGCACUGUGGCCUUGGCUCAGCCAAAAUGAGUCUCCAUCCUAGGACUCAGCCAUUCUUUUUAUGCUCCAAACUAGGACUGCCCCAGUGUCUGCCCACCCCUAUCCCAGAGCCUAAGAUGUGUAUGGGGUAGGGGGGUGAAGAGUGUUAAACUGGACAUUGAACAGAAGGCUGACUAUGACUUCAAUAAAACUAAGC